AUGUUGGAGCACUCUCCUAAGCAACAGAAGGAGAGGGCUCUCCCGAAGCGCAUAAUCCUUGUCCGGCACGGCGAGAGAUCUCGGAUCUACGACGCCGUGAAUGACGGCGGCCGUGGAUGGAAGGUCUAUUUCUACGUAUCUCCCUACCUUAGAACUCGUUCUACGCUCCGAGAGAUCGGCCGAGCUUUCCCCAGAAAAGUGGUCAUCGGCGCUAGGGAGGAAUGUCGUGUCAGAGAGCAGGACUUUGGCAAUUUUCAGAUCGCUCAGCGGAUGAAAGUGAUCAAGGAGACCAGAGAGCGCUUCGGAAGGUUCUUCUAUCGAUUUCCGGAAGGAGAGUCUGCUGCAGACGUUUACGAUCGGGUUUCCAAGGUUAGCGACAUGGAGAGUGAUGCGUGUCUCCGCAACUUUCCCAACUUCCUUAAGUGGCUUAUAUCUUUGGGCGGUGUGAGAGUUUUGGGCUGCAACCCUUUCCUGACCACGGCAAAAGCAGGGCUGUCGCGCCUUCCUCUCGCUUGGUCAGCUCUUGGCUCACACCUCUGUCUUUGCAGCCUAUCCUACAGGAUGGGUGGAUCCCAAUAUCCGAAUGGGGAGAGUGACGAGUGGAAACGAGCAUCAGGAAGGGAAGAGCGGAAGAGAAAAGGUCAAGACCAACUCUCCAGUCUGUCUUAUGAGUUCAAGCAGGUUCAGGGAUCCGCUUUCCAAUUCUAUGGAUCUUCUCUGAACAACGGAAUGGAUUGA